UGAUCAUUUUUAAGGGGGUUUUGGUACUUUUUGAGGGGGGUUUUGUUCAUUUUAAAGGGGAAUUUAGGGGGGAUUUGGGGGGGAUUGUUAAUUUUUAAGGAGCUUUUGAUAAUUUUUAAAGGACUUCAGGUAGUUUUUAAGGAGGUUUUGACCCUUUUUAAGGAGGUUUUGGUCGUUUUUUAGGAGGUUUUGGUCGGUUUUUAGGAGAUUUUGGUCGUUUUUAAGGAGGUUUUGGUGGGUUUUAAGAGGGUUUUGACACUUUUUGAAGAGGUUUUGAGAGCUUUUAAGGAGGUUUCAGUGCUUUUUGGGCAGGUUUGGUUAUUUUUAAGAAGGUUUUGGUCACUUUUAAGAGGGUUUUGGUCACUUUUAAGAGAGUUUUGGUCGCUUUUAAGAGGCUUUAGUACUUCCUAAGUGUUUUCUGGCAGUAUUUUAAGGCGGUUUUGCUCGUUUUUAAGCAGUUUGGGGUCGUUUUCGAGCGGGUUUGCUCAUUUUUUGGCAGUUUUUAAGAGGCCCCCGAUAGUUUUCGAGGGCGUUCGGCAGUUUUUAAGUGGGUUUUGAUGGUUUUUAAGUGGUUUUUGGCCGCCUUUCAACGCCUUUUUUCGCCACGUCGGGCUUUCGCUUCCCCUCCCCCGGGGGCGGGUGUUGUUUUUUCGGCUCCGGGGGCGGGAGAAACUUCCCCGGGGGGGUUUUUUGGGGGUAAAACGGGGGGUUUUGGUCAUUUUUCAGAGCGUUUUGUUACUCUUUGAGGGUGUUUUGUUAGUUUUGAGUGUGUUUUGGGGGCUUUUCGCUGCUUUUUUUCGGUGCUGGGAGGCUCCGGGUUUCGCUUCCCCCUCGCCGGGGUUUGUGGGGGCGGGUGAAGCUUCCCGGGGGUGUUUCCAGGAGGGAUUUUAAGGGUGGAAAGAGGAUUUUAAGAGGCUUUUAAGAGGAUUUGAAGUGGUUUUAUUCCCUCUGAUCCCUUCCCUGUCCCCCCCAGCCCCACAUCCCAGCCCUGGGUGCUGAACGAUGCCCGUGAAGAGCAGUUGGGUGCUCUGGGUGCUGUGUGUCAGGGUGUCAUUCUGGGUGUAAAAUGGGUGUAAAAAGAGGCUUUUAAGAGGGUUUUAAGAGGAUUUGAAGUGGUUUUAUUCCCUCUGACCCCGUCCCUGUCCCCCCCAGCCCCAUGGCCCGGCCCUGAGCGCUGAAGGAUGCCGAAGAAGAGCAGUUGGGCGCUCUGGGGGGCGGCACUUUUCCUGGCCUGGAACGGGCUCCUGCUGCUCUUCCUGUGGAGCCGCCCCCCUUCCCCUGCCCCGGGCUCUGGGGGCUCCUCCUCCCGCCUGCCCUCGGAGCUCAUCCGGCUGGCCCAGGACGCCGAGGCCGAGCUGGAGCGGCAGAAGGAGCUGCUGCGCCAAAUCCACCGGCUCAGCGGGCUCUGGGAGCUGCGGCGGCGGCGCCAGAAGGCACCGACCACCCCCCCCGCCCGGGGUUCUUUGGCGGCGGCGCCGAGCUCGGAGGAGGAGGCGGCGGCGCUGCCGGUGCUGGUGCUGGCGUGCGACCGCAGCACGGUGCGGCGCUGCCUGGACAAGCUGCUGCGCUACCGGCCCUCGGCCCGGCGGCACCCGGUGAUCGUGAGCCAGGACUGCGGGCACGCCGAGACGGCGCGGGUCAUCGCCUCCUACGGCGACGCCGUGGCCCACAUCCGGCAGCCCGACCUCAGCGACAUCCCGGUGCCCCCCGAGCACCGCAAGUUCCAGGGCUACUACCGCAUCGCCCGCCACUACCGCUGGGCCCUGGGCCAGGUGUUCCGCGUCUUCCGCUACCGCGCCGCCAUCGUGGUGGAGGACGACCUGGAGGUGGCCACGCUCUGGUGCGUCUCGGCCUGGAACGACAACGGCCGCGAGCAGAUGGUGGACGUGUCGCAGGCCGAGCUGCUCUACCGCACCGACUUCUUCCCCGGGCUGGGCUGGCUCCUGCUGGCCGAGCUCUGGGAUGAGCUGGAGCCCAAGUGGCCGCGGGCGUUCUGGGACGACUGGAUGAGGCAGCCGGAGCAGCGCCGGGGCCGCUCGUGCGUCCGGCCCGAGGUGUCCCGCACCAUGACCUUCGGCAGGAAGGGCGUGAGCCACGGCCAGUUCUUCGACCAGUACCUGAAGUUCAUCAAACUCAACGACCGCUUCGUGCCUUUCACCCGGCUGGACCUCUCUUACCUCAAGAAGGACGAGUACGAGCGCUCCUUCCUGCCCAGGGUCUACUCGGCGCCCGAGGUGAGGGUGGAGGAGCUCCAGGGCAACAGGAGGAGGGAUUUGGGGGCCGUCAGGCUCCAGUACAGCGGCCGAGACGCCUUCAAGGCCUUCGCCAAGGCUUUGGGGCUCAUGGACGACCUCAAAUCCGGCGUCCCCCGCGCCGGCUACCGCGGCAUCGUCAGCUUCGUGUACCGGGGCCGCCGCGUUUACCUGGCCCCCCCCCGGGACUGGACGGGCUACGACCCCACCUGGAGUUAGCACCGGCCCCCUCGAAGCACUUUGGGGGGGUUCUCCCCCUCUUUUAGGGGUUUUGGGGGUGGGUUCGGUGCCGGUUUCGGUGUCCCCGGGCCGAGCGCCGCUCGCUGGGAGGGGCCCGGAGGUGGUUUUGCAGAAUAAAAGGUCGAAAACGGAAAUUCCGCCUCAGAAUUCCCACCCGUGGCUCCUGCUCGGAGUUGGCACCUGCUCCUGGCAAAGUUUUUGGGGGGGUUGCCCUCAUUAUUUUAGGGUUUUGGUGCCCCAGCCGAGCGUCGCUCGGUCGCCGCUGCUCGCGGUGCUGAAAGGUUAUUUUGCCGAAUAAAAGGUCAAAAAUGGAAAUAUCCCCCAAAAUUCGGGUUGUUUCGGUCAGCCGGGUCUCCUACCAAGAGUUGGCACCCACUCCCCAGAGGAUUUUGGGGGGGGUUCUCACCAUUAUUUGGGGUGUAUUAAAUUAGUCAUCAGUACACCCAAAACGGUGGGUUUGGGAUAUAAAAAUUAGUUAUUAACACAGUGAUUGGCACACAGUUAUUAAUUCACAAUUAAUAAUCGGUGGUUUGGGGGCAUCACAAAUCAUUGACAAUACACUGAAAUCAGUUGGAUUUUGUGUACAACCUACCAAUUAUUUUAAAAAGCACCUUUCAAGCUUCAGUUUUAUAAAAACCCGCUUUUAGUUAAUGCGAAACGUUG